UUCAGUUCUAUAACUACUGUGUGCCAUUCGAUAAACUUACGCCGAUUUUUUAUUUUCUUUUAUGUAUUAAUGUGAUUUCCAUGGUUAGCUCCUAUAUUUUAAUGUAAAGCUUUAUUUUUUUUGUUAUUAAUGGAGACUUUCCUUAUUUUCAGUUACCAUUGUCAAUUAUUGUUGAGGAGUGCUAUUGGGACAAUAUUCGGAGCAAUUGACGAAGAAAGAUCUGGGUUAUUUGGUGAGAGGAUGUCAUCUUCUUAUGCCCCGUUUAUGUAUUUACACCCAUAUUAUCAAAGUUGGAAUGUUAAAGCGAGACUUAUCCGAUCAUAUGAUAUUCAACAUGUAAAGAAUGGUAGAAAAAUAUGGAAGAUGGUUCUUCUAGAUGCGACGGGGGAACCUAUACAAUGUAUUAUAUUUUCAAAAGAUGUUGAUCAUUUUAUCGACAAGUUACAAGAAGGUUUAGUUUAUUGCUUUGAAAAGGUACAAGUUAUUCCAGCUGACAACUGGUUGAGAGUAGUACAAAAUUCGUACCAACUAAACAUAACAAAAGAAACGAAAGUUUUAGUGGUCGAUACAUAUGUGGAGGACUUCCCAACAUAUUACUUCAAUUUGGUGAGCUUACAUGGGGUGCAAUCAUUCAAGCAUGCUGAAGGAAAUGUGAUAGAUGUCAUGGGAGUAGUUAUAUAUGCAAGUGAGAUUGAAUCUGUUGGCCCAACAGGAACUAUUAAGCAAGAUAUAGUCAUACUAGACCAAAGUUACUUUGCUAUGAGAUUGACAAUAUGGAAUCAUUUUGUUGAUGAAAUCGGUGAUCGAGUGAUAAUAGAUAUUUUUCAAAACCUCAUUCUGCUGGCAUGUGGCGUACAAGUUCAAAAUUUUAAUGGAUCAUACUUCCUCCAUUUUUUUAUAAUUGCACCAUCUUAGGUUUUUGCACUAUUCACAUAUUCUUACAUAGUUAUUUUUUGUGAUUUAUAGGUAAAGAAAAAUAUAUUCAUGUGGGAUCUUGUUAGAUUCGUCUCUAAAUAUACUUUCAAAUUAUCAAAUUUUUAUAAUUUUUUCAAUUGUAAAAUGAGAGAUAUUAAUAGUUAAAAUAGUGCAUUGGCAAGCGUGAAAUCUAAGAUGGUGCAAUUAAAAAAAAAUGGAGGAAGUAUUUGACAACUGGAAAAUAUACAAGACUAUAUAUCAACCAUAAGGAUCCGAUUUCUUCAAGUUUGGCACAAUGGUGUGGACUUGACCAUUUUGCUCAACUUAAAGCGAGGUGGAUACAAACAUGCGGUAUUUCUUUGCAUCGGACACUUUUGACAUCAAAUGCACGUCGAACAACAAUCUCCAAGUUCACAUUAAUGCCAAAGGGCAAAACAUAUAGAGUACUUGGGGUGUUGGUUGAUAUUGAUGUCAAAAGCUUUGACUGGUAUGAUGCGUGUUCUAUUUGCAAUAACAAGGUCUAUUAUGUUGGUGAUCAAAUAACAUGUUAUAAGUGUAGCAAGAAGCAUAGUGUACAAGUGGUUCAAGGUGUAUCUGUUAAGAUCACUAUCAAAGAUUCAAAUAGGUCGAUGUGUUUGUUGUUGUUCAACAAACAAGUUGAAUUUGUUCUCCAAUCUUCUACAUCCCAACUGAAGGAGUGGCAUGAUCAGGUCAUUCACAAAGAGAUAAUUAAGACGAAGUGGUCCUGUUUAUUUACCUCAUAUGUUUUUAUUUUAACAUCCCCAACAAUAACUUCUGCAUUGUCAUCCUACAAAGUUACCUAUGUGACAUUUGUGAACUGGGAAGAAGAAUGUGCAUAUUUACUUAAAAGGGUGCGUGACAAGACUAAAACUCCAUCGAAGAAACAUCGUAUCAUCAAUGUAGAUCAUUAGAAUUUUAGUGAUUUAUUGAUGCUUUUCUUUAUGAGUUUGUAUAUAUAAGAAAAUAUUAAUUAGAUGAGACUUUCUUAGUUUAGUGAGAAAUAUGUAAGUAUUUUAGUAUUUUUAAUUAUACUUUUCAGUUUUCAUAUUCGGGGUUUUAUUGUAGCUCAAA